AUCACGAAAAUAUUGAUGAUCUCGAUGGUCAUUUCAGACGCCAUCUUUGGAGUCACCGGUAUGCCGUUAAUGGUGAUUGAGCUCUACCACAGCGGACACUGGACACUCGGCCCCACAUGCUGUUUCAUCAAGGUGCUGGCACACUACAUAUGGUGUCCACUGGUCAUGUGUCACGUGGUGUGUAUGGCCGUGGACAGAUUUUUGGCUGUAUGCAAACCUUUGGUUUACCGAAGCCUUUCCUUCAAAGUGGGUUACGGUCUCGUGGGACUUUGUUGGGCCCUGUCUCUGCUGGUGGUGAUCACGCCCAUGGCGGCCAACUGGUUAAAUUCAGUUGAGGAUGCCCAACCAUGUGCAGAAUCCAAUAGCGUUUGUGACUUUAGACGAUCGAUGGUGUUUGUGAUACUCAACUAUGUUUUUCUUGGUUUCUCGCCAAUCACUGCGAUACUGUUGUUGUAUUUCUUUAUUGUAAAGGAUAUUUUGAGAUCCAGUAAAAGAAUCGCCAACAGCUGCAGUAUUCGAAUACACCCACACCAUGUAGAUUGCGUAAAAUCUAAAACGAAUUUUACAGAUGAGGAGCAAAGCGAGAAAGGUGUUGAGAAAAAUGUUGAGCAUUUUUUUUCCACGAGUGGACCCAAGAUCUUGACCCCAAAUAUUAGCUCUUUAUGUUUUUUUGAUUCAGUUUCGUCAAGCUCAGAUGUCCACACACAAGUCAAAAGCUUAGCUGUUAGCGAGAAGUGUGAACCAAGAUCAUUAGAACCAAGAUCACAAGCGUUGGGUGUCAAAAACCAUUUUGAUUCAAAUGUCAACACUAACAUUUUAACGUCAGCUGAUCCUGAAUGUGCGCAGCUUAUGGCAUACACGAUACCUGAACGACUGGACAUGUCUGUAAAAAAAGACACACUUAUAAAUCCACACGACACAAAUCUCCCGGACACACAUUCCGUACAUGACCUAAAUAAAUCAAAUAAACUCAGAUUUUCAUUUAUACGCCUUCCUACUUUUAAAUUAAAUCGGAGAUUCCCCAAGACACCACAAACUCAAGGACAUCGUCAAGGUUUCAGAAAAAUGAGGGCUGUUCGGACGAUUGGGUUUGUCGUUAUGUGUUUCUCCAUCACCUGGUUGCCGGUAAUCAUAACGGUGCCCAUAUGCACCAUGACUGGCAGCCAGAUGCCCUCUUGGCUGAUACUGGUGAUCUGCUUCUGUAACUACAGUAACGCAGCUUUGGAUCCAGUGCUCUUC